UUCAACAACAUCUCCUCUGACAAUGAUACAUAUCAAACUCGUUUCAUUAGACUCUCUCAUGUAGAAUUUUAUGGCUAUGACCAUAGAGUCUAUUACGGUUACACGUUGGACAUGUGCAGAAACUUAUGUUUGAGUUUGUCUGAUUGCAAAGGCUUUCAGUACAGGUAUCUCGAAGGUGGGCUUUCUUUAAUGAAAGAAUUCAAGCUAACUGCUUAUUUCAGUGCUUGCUAUCCCAAGGUGUUAUUGCUCAAUGGGCGACGUUCACCCAAUGUCGAUACCACAUUAUAUCUAAAAGUUUCUAAAAACAGUCUCCUCUCCAAUGAAGAGGAAUUUUCAGAAUUCGGGUUAAAUUGCUCUGAUGAAAUUCUCAGGCCACUGGAAAGAGCAUAUCCAAAAAGCUCUCAGAAUGAACAGUUGCAAUUGAUAUUAUUGUUUGCCAUUGCAUUAGGGGCAGUGGAGAUAACUGGGAUCUUUCUGGUUUGGUGUUUCAUGUUCAGUUCCUCGCAGAAUUCGAAUGAAGCAUCUCAAGGCUACCACCACCACCACCCUGAAAUAACAGGGUUUAGAAGAUUCACCUAUUCUGAGUUGAAAAAAGCAACAGGAAAUUUCAGUGUAGAAAUUGGAAGAGGAGCAAGAGGAACUGUAUACAAAGCAACACUGCCUGACAAUCGCAUCGCUGCAAUCAAACGACUUAAUAGCAUUGCUAACCAAGGAGAAGCUGAAUUCCUAGCAGAAGUAAGCAUCAUUGGGAAACUUAAUCACAUGAACUUGAUAGAAAUGUGGGGCUACUGUGCAGAAAGAAACCACAGGCUUUUAGUUUACGAGUACAUGGAGCAUGGAUCCUUAGCAGAAAGCCUCUCCUCUAGAUUACUCGAUUGGCCAAAGAGAUUCCAAAUCGCUCUAGGCAUAGCAAGAGGCCUUGCAUACUUGCAUGAAGAAAGCUUGGAAUGUGUUCUACACUGUGAUGUUAAGCCUCAAAACAUACUCCUGGAUUCAAAUUACCAGCCAAAGGUGUCAGAUUUUGGCUUGUCAAAAAUGCUAAACAGAUCAUCAGGUCACCUGAGUGACUCAAGCUUCUCAAGAAUAAGAGGAACUAGAGGGUACAUGGCUCCAGAGUGGGUUUCCAAUCUGCCCAUCACGUCAAAAGUGGAUGUUUACAGCUAUGGGAUUGUGGUGCUUGAGAUAAUCACCGGGAAGAGUCCGGCAAAUGGAGAAAGCAGCAGUAGUGGAGAGGGGAAAGAGCUGCAGAGAGGAUUGGUGACAUGGGUGACGGAGAAUAAAAAAAAUGAAGGAGAAUCAUGGAUGAAAAAGAUUAUAGAUCCAACAUUGAAAGGAGAAUACAAUAAGGGUGAGAUGGAAAUUAUUGCAAAAUUGGCCAUGCAAUGUGUAAAAGAAGACAGAAAUGCAAGACCCGCCAUGAGCAAAGUAGUAGAGAUUCUUCUGCACCGAUCACAAUAUUCUAGCCCAGUCAAAAUUGAUAGGCUAAGCUCCGAGUAAGUGGAUUACCGACCAGCAAUUUCGUUUUGUAAGAAGCUCGUUGUCUUCGCUAAUGUAAUGAUUGCUUUAUUUGAGGUGACAUAUAGUCUUGCUAAGCUCCGAGUAAGUGGAUUACCGACCAGCAAUUUCUCUUUGUAUGAAGCUCGUUAUCUUGGCUAAUGUAAUGAUUGCUUUA